GCAGGCGCCAAUAGAGAUUGGCGGGAUUGAAAACCAUGGCGUGGGUUCCAACCGAGUCUGCGGUGGAAGAGUUGAUGCCACGGUUGUUGCCUGUGGACCCCUGUGACUUGACGGAAGGUUUUGAUCCCUCGGUACCCCCCAGGACGCCUCAGGAAUACCUGAGAAGAGUGCAGAUCGAAGCGGCGCAGUGUCCAGAUGUUGUGGUAGCCCAAAUUGACCCAAAGAAGUUGAAAAGGAAGCAAAGUGUGAAUGUCUCUCUUUCAGGAUGCCAGCCUGCCCCUGAAGGUUAUUUCCCAACACUACAGUGGCAGCAGCAACAAGUGGCACAUUUUUCAACUGUUCGGCAGAGCGUGAACAAGCAUAGGAAUCACUGGAAAUCACAGCAGUUAGAUAGUAAUGUGACGAUGCCAAAAUCUGAAGAUGAAGAAGGCUGGAAAAAAUUUUGUCUGGGUGAAAGGCUAUGUGCUGAAGGGACAGUUGGACCAUCUACAAACGAAAGUCCUGGGAUUGAUUAUGUUCAAAUUGGCUUUCCUCCCUUGCUCAGUAUUGUAAGCAGAAUGAAUCAGGCAACAAUUACUAGUGUCUUGGAAUAUCUGAGUAAUUGGUUUGGAGAAAGGGAUUUUACUCCAGAAUUGGGAAGAUGGUUUUAUGCUUUGUUGGCUUGUCUUGAAAAGCCUUUAUUACCUGAGGCUCACUCACUGAUUCGGCAGCUUGCAAGAAGAUGUUCUGAAGUGAGGCUCCUAGUGAAUAUCUCACGCUCCUAUUCAUAAGCAUGGAGGAAGUGAAUCAGGACCUUGAAUAUGCUGCGCAAGCACUCUAUCCCACCUACAAAGACAGUUACUUUAGCUUGGUUUUGGGAGCAUAAAGUCCAAGGCUCCAUCUGUUCUACCUUCCAACUACAUCAUAAUAUACUAGGGAGGAUCACCUAAUGGGAGUAUGUCAGGAGCUAUUCCUGCCUGAUGUUCGGAAGGAAGGUGUCACACUAUGUCAUGCCCCUGUUGUAGUACUCAUAAAACUAGAACCCUUGUAAACAGCAAUAACUACCAAUCCUUCUCAACAGUAUCUUUCUUUAAAUAAUGAUCUUGGGUUGACAACCUGAAUUUGAUCCCCUGGAAAGUAUGUACACUGAAAUUAUCUACAUACAAGUAACAGCAUAUGGAAUGAGCAGAUUAUAUAUUUGAGUGUUUGGGAAGGGGUUGUAAAACAACAAUUAAGAAAAAAGACAUGAAUUUGAGAGAGAGCUAGAUGGGGUUACAUGGAAAGGAUUGGAGGGAGGAAAUUCAGGAACAAGGAAAAUGAGGUGUUUAUAUUUUCAUUUUAUAAAUAAAAGAUGGCUGGGUAUGGUGGUAAAGCAGCACUCAAUAGGUAAAGCAGGCAGAUCUCUAUUAGGUCAUUCCAGUCUACAUAGUGAGUUCCAGUCCAGCCAGGUAAACAGUGAGACCUUGUCUUGUGGUUGGAUGGAUAGAUAGAUAGAUAGAUAGAUAGAUAGAUAGAUAGAUAGAUAGAGUAAAAAAUAUAAAUAUCCUAAUGUUUUCUUCUGUCUGUCUGCUCAUUUGGGGACAAGGCUGACCUUAAACUCACAGAGAUCCACCUGCCUCCCAGUCUCUGGUUCUAAGGCGUAAGUCAAAACACCAGCACCUUGGUGGGUUAUUUCAAUGUGAUGAUGAGAGUCAUCUAAUAAAAGUUUCACAUUUUUUAUCUUAAAAGGAAAUUCAUUAUGAGAACAUUGAAAAGGAAAAGGCUACUCUUUUUCUGUUUUUUCAGGGCAGUAAAGACGACGAAAGAGUUCCUGCAUUGAAUUUGCUCAUCUGCUUAGUUAG